AUGGCCCUGUCCAAUUUGGAUUCUUGGGAGUUUUUAGGAACAGGGAAAUGGUCCCGUCCAGGAUAUGAGGAAUUUGGGGAUAUGGCCUUGUCCAUGUCCAUGUCCCAGGUUGGAGGGGACCACGUUUCAGUGCUGGAGGAACAGUUUGCCAAAGUGGAGGAGCUCAGGAAGGAGAACCAGUCCCUUCUAGAACGGCUGCAGCAUGGUGGGCCGGAGGGCGCCCAUGAGGGCCCAGAGAGUGGAAGCCCCGAGAUGGAGGAGAAGCGUCAGGUAGCAGAGGUGGUGCCACAGGCACAAGAGGCCUCGGUGGAACUACGGGCGCAGUUGGAUGCGGCUUACCAGGAGCUGGAAGAGUUACGUGCCUCCACGGACGUGGAGGAGUCGGCAAGGACAAGGACGGAGAAUCUGGAGCUGCGCGCCAGGCUGGCACAUGCCAUCUACUGCACGACGGAGGCUCAGAAAGCCUUGGCAACAGAGACGGGCCAAGCCAUGCCCACCGAAGAGGAGUUGACCUUGACGCUCGACAACGCCAAGCAUGUUGGAGUAAUGUUCGGUCCGCGUGAGGGCCGGGAACUGGGUCGCGGCUGGCAGUUACAGGUCAUGCGAGUCCGCGAAGGGACGUGGGCAGAACAAGCUGGGGUACAAGCAGGGGAUGAGCUACAUUAUGUGGAUGGCCAGCCCAUCGAAGUGUUGCCAGAGGCGGAGGUCUUGGCGCUCCUGCAGAAGCGGCCUGUUGAGCUGACGUGGAUUCGCCGGCAGGCCGUUCCAGAAAGAACCGGCGAAGCCAGCGAGGCCUCUCAAGCUCAGGAGAGAACGACGAACAGCGCGGACGCAGAUCUACGCAAGAAGCUGCAGGAUGCCGAGGAGCAAAACCGUGCGUUGGAGGACCAGCUGAAAAGACUUUCAAUGGAGCUGGGUAAGGUGCAAGCUGGUGACUUCGAAGACGUACUUCGAGAGCGACAGGAGAAGCUGGAUGCCUUGCAAGACGAAUUGUCUAGAGUUAAGUCGGAGCUGGAAUCCAGACCGCCGCCGCAGAUCCAGCCAGCUCUCGAUGAUGCUCAGGAUGGGAGCUCCAAGGAUCUCCGUGAGCGCGUGCAGUCGUUGGAGGAGCAGCUGUCAACUGCUGAGGCAGCAAGGCGGCAGGCCGACGAGGCGCGUGCAGCUUGCACGGAAAAGCUCGCGGCGCUGGAGCUGGAGGUCGCAGAUGCAGAGGCGCAGCGGGCGGCUGCCCUGCAAGAUGCUGCCGGAGCAUCUACAGAGCUGCAGCAGCAGUUAGAGAGGCUACAGUCUGAAGCGGCACAGGUGCCGGACUUGCGCGACAAGCUUGCUGAGCUUGAGGCCAACCACGAGUCUGCGCUGCAAGCGCAAGCAUCAGCCGAGCAACUGCAGCACGAAGUCGAGAGACUGAAGGCCGAAGCUGCUGAUGCACAGGCGCAACGAGCCGCGAUGGAGGCUGACCAGGCUUCGUUGCAAGAAGCUGCCGGAGUGUCGGCAGAGCUUCAGGAGCAGUUGCAAAGGCUACAGUCUGAGGCUGCGCAGGUGCCGGAAUUGCAAGGCAAGCUUGUCGAGCUGGAGGCUGCGCAGGAGCGCGCACUCCAAGCACAAGCCUCUACCGAGCAGCUGCAGCUUGAAGUCGAAAGACUGAAGGCCGAAGCAGCCCAGGUGCCAGCGUUGAAAGCACAGAUCGCAGAUGCAGAGGCAGCGUGCGACCCUGGCACGGGGAGAGCACCAGAAGAUGGUGGGGACGGCUGGGGAGACGAGCUGGAUUUGGGUGUUGGUGGCCUGGGUGGCGAUGCUGGCCUGAGUGGCGUCGCAGCGGCAGCCACGGCGGCGGCAGCGCCUGCAGCGGCAGAAGAGACCAGCGAUCAAGGUGGCUGGGACGACUUCGACCUCGAGGAUGCAUUGUCCAAGGAGGAGCCCGCCAAGCCCGCGACGAGCAUUCAAGUCGACCCGGCAGAAGGUCAGGGCUGGGACGAUUUCGACUUCGAGGAGUCUUUGCCCAAAGCAGCCGACACCGAACCGGGAACUGCUGUGGCUGCAGCAGCAGACCUGGAGCAACUGGAGAGGCUGAGGUCUGAAGCUGCACAGGUGCCUUUCUUGCAGAGCAGACUUGCCGAGCUUGAGGCGAAGCACGCGUCGGCCCUCCAAGCGCAGGCGUCGGCUGAAGAGCUGCAGCACGAAGUGCAAAGACUCAGGGCGGAAGCAGAUGCGGCGAACAGCAAGGUAUCCGCCAUGGAGGCGCAGCAGACGGCCGCCUUGCAUGAUGCUGCCGGAGCAUCUGCAGAGCUUCAGCAGCAGCUGGAGACGAUCAAAUUGGAGAAUGCGCAGGUGCCCGAGUUGCGUGGCAAGCUUGCUCAGCUUGAGGCGGAAUACGCUUCCGCCCUCCAAGCGCAAGCGUCCGCUGAGCAGCUGCAGUCCGAAGUCGAAAGACUGAAAACCGAAGCAGCGGAGGUGCCAACGCUCAAAGCGCAGAUAGCAACCGUGGAGGUAGAGAAGCUGCAGUCCGAAGCUGACAAGGCACGAGUAAGCCGCAGCGGAAUCAUCGCCGGGGCAGUAACUGAUGUUGAACGCUCGAUCGACCUCCGCGCCCCUUUCAGGCGAAACACGAGUCGGCGCUCCAAGCACAGGCGUCGGCUGAACGGCGGCAGCAUGAGGCCAGAGGAAAUGACGGGCCUCCUGCCGAAGGAAUGCCAGAUAAAGGCCGGCGGCAUUGCAAACAAGAUGCAAAGCAUUGUAAGGCGGCGCGCAACUUGUCGCAUGACCAAAGGAAGCGACGGCUGGGGGGACGACUUUGAUCUCGGUGGCUUGCCCGACAAAGCCGAAACACACCACUCCUUCUUCCGGUGUUCAUUCAGACAUGUCGAGAAGUCCCUCAGCAGACGUCCAGUGCUCCACCAAGGGGAUGGUGGUCCGCCCACUGGCGACGGGGCAGCUUGCCUCAAAUAUGCUUCUCCGCAUCUUGGUGAUGCAGCUCGCAGCCUACAGUAG